AUGAACCUUCGCGGUGUCAAUGUGUCACAGUGGAUCUCUAACACCGUCAGAGCCGUUACCGCUCUGGAGUCCAACACCUGGCCUCCAGGCGGGUUUGAGGAAAGCACCCUCGGACUCAAUAACGUGACGAACUCGGGGUGUCACGGGACUGACGCGGUCCGUAACGGACAGUCCGGGAAUUGGUCUCACCGUAACGCUGGAGGAGUCUACAGCGAGGAGGGCGGCAGGAUUUAUGGGUCUCAGUGUCCUCCCCAGGAGACGGGAGUGGAGAAGAACUGGGCGGCGCUCCUGAUUUUAGUCGUCAUCGCCGUCACGGUCAUGGGCAACAUCCUGGUGAUCCUGGCGGUCUCCCUGGAGAAGAAGCUGCAGAACGCCACAAACUAUUUCCUGAUGUCACUGGCUGUCGCUGACAUGCUCCUAGGCAUCUUGGUGAUGCCGGUUUCCAUGGUGACCAUUCUGUACGAUUACGGGUGGCCGCUGCCCUCUGACCUUUGUCCCAUCUGGAUCUACCUGGACGUCCUGUUCUCCACGGCGUCCAUCAUGCACCUCUGCGCCAUCUCUCUGGAUCGAUACAUCGGCAUACGCAACCCGAUCCACCACAGCCGCUUCAACUCCCACACCAAGGCCCGCAUCAAGAUCAUGGCGGUGUGGACGAUUUCAGCGGGGAUCUCCAUGCCAAUUCCUGUGCUGGGACUCAGAGACCACUCCAAGGUCUUCAAAGACGGCAGCUGCCUGCUGACAGAUGACAACUUCGUGCUGGUCGGCUCCUUCGUGGCCUUCUUCGUGCCCCUCACCAUCAUGGUCGUCACCUACUUCCUGACCAUCCACGCCCUGCAGAACGAAGCCACCCUUUGCUUGGACCAGCUGGUCCCGCGGCCCAAAUGGAGCACGACUUUCACCUUGAGCUUCUUACCGCAAACCUCGCUGUCCUCCGAGAAACUCUUCAGACACUCGAUAAGCCGCGAGGCCGGCGGCAGAGGAAGCGGCAGCGGCCUGGGAGCCUCUCGCGGGAGCGUCUCCGGCUCGCUGUUUGGACGCCGCACCAUGCAGUCCAUCAGCAACGAGCAGAAGGCGUCUAAGGUCCUCGGGGUGGUGUUUUUUCUGUUUGUGGUCAUGUGGUGCCCGUUUUUCGUCACCAACGUGCUGGUGGUGGUGUGCGACCCGGCGGUGUGUGACGCAGGACUCAUGGGAGGCCUGCUGAACGUUUUCGUCUGGGUGGGAUACCUGUCCUCCGCAGUAAAUCCACUGGUCUACACGCUGUUUAAUAAAACGUACCGAGCGGCAUUCCUGCGCUACGUUCACUGCCAGUACCAGCCUGAGAAGAAGCCUCUCCAGCUCAUACUGGUGAACACCAUCCCGCCGCUGGCUUACAACUCCACCCAGCUGCCCCUGGGCGAUGUCGGGAAGUUACGAAACGGAGAGGCGCACUCUAGUGGCGAAGUGAAGGACUUCUCUUUACCUGGACAGGAAACAGAGAAGCGUAGGCCGGACAAAGGUCAUGGAGACAAGGACGAGAGCUGUGUGUGA